AUUCGGAGAAGCUCGGGGACGACCGUUUUUUUUCAGCAUGUGGCAACAAGUAACUACACCAAGAAUUAUGCGGUCAAGUAAAAUCAGAAUGGAUUUGGAUAUGCAUAUGGAUAAGGAUAUCAAGGAGAUGCUCUGCAACCGCGGCUUUCGCUGUCUGCCGCGCAUACGCGGACCAUGGUUCCUAGCGAACGGCUUCUUUCGUGGCCUCUCCAGUGGGUUGAAGCAUGCGCAGCGAAAGCGCAAGUUCCCAUUGGCGCGUGUGGCCGAUGGCAUGUUCUUUCUGGUUCUACUUCUGUGGAUAGGGACGACAUUGACCACAUGGUCUCACGGCUUUCUUGUUGUGUACCGGGGGCCCUCGGGAGCAAGAUCAAAAAAAGCCACUGCCUUGAUUCAAGCUAUCGCAAGGAAUAAACACGCAACACAAAAGCGGCGCAAACGGAAGCGCAUGUUCAUGUUGCAUAAGGAUCAUGCUCGCACGGAGCGGCUGCUCGACAUGGGCGAAGAAUCUUCCGCGCGAGGAGUUGUGCACUUUCGCCAGAAUGACAGACAGGGUCGCGGCACCAUAGUUUCUUCGCGUACUAAACACUGUGCCACUUCUUCUUCCAGGAAGCCAGCACGCGGGGCGUCGGAAGCCGAAGUAGGCGAAGGAAAGGUUCCCGUUGAACUGGUAGUCUUCGCCGAUGAGGCGUUUCAGAAGACGUACGAUUUUCAGUUGAGGACCCUGCGAUGCUAUGCGAAACACUUCGGUUACCGUCUCUCCGUCCUUCCGCAGAAGACGAAUUGGAAAGAUCUAGACUGGGCCAAACAGGCAUCGGUCGAAACGAAGCGCGACUGUUUAGACGCUGCGCAAAGAAACGGGGCUUUUGCGCCCGUCCUUCGGCACUGCCUGUUAGCGGCAUACCUGGAGUCCAAAGUUCGAUCGGUGCACCCGCCGCCGCCGGGAGUCAAAACUUCCAGGCGCGACGAGCAUGAGAAAAACGAAAAGGCCAAGGCAUCGAAGAGCAACAAAAGAAGAAUCCCCGCGGUUUCAGCCUCGAUGAAUAAAGAUAAACUUAAUAAACGGAACCCUGCUCGAUCUAAAUCGAACAGCCAAGCGAUGGUUUCCUUUUUCCAGCACCUGCUGCGGCUUGAUCUACGUGGGUCCUCAACAACUGAGGCGCAAAAGCCACGCUCCCUUGCGGAAGGGAUCUACCUCCCCGAGAACGAUGAUCGACCUGACAACACGGUAUAUGUUUUGUUGGAUGCAGAUAUGGCAGCGCAUUCCCUGACAAUAAGCCUAGAGCCAUGGGCACGCCUGGCGUCCGGCACCGGAUCCGUGAUGGAGUUACCCCGGGCCGGAAACGCCGCCGCGUCGGCUCCGGCUGACAAAGGUAAAAGUGCACUUCAGGUUCAAGAACAUGGCGAGUCAUCUUCGUGCAGCCCCGCACACGCUGCGGACGUGGUGCUCUUCGACCGGAACUGGGGCAGCCGCGAGACGUCGAGUACUCGUGAAGGUCACAACGAUAAUGAAUUGAUGGCCGGAACAUAUCUGCUUCGGAACAACCCCCGAUCCAGACAAUUCCUACGCCAGUGGGCGGUCCUAGGGGCAGAAGGAAGGAGCAAAAAUGCCAACGAAGCCACGAGCCCUGUCUCUCCGAGAGUGUCAGGAGAUGAAACCGCUGUGGCGCACCACCAAGAAACAAGUAAGAACGUCUCACAGCGUACAAGGGGAAUGGACUUCAACGACCCAGCGAAGAGGACAAGUCCGCCGCAUCGCCGCGCCGAGCAAAAACAACAUAAGGGGCAACAUGCCGAUCGCCCCGCGCGCCCCAACCACCGCGUCACGGACUCACUGCCCGCGCUCCGGUACAAGGUAGAGCUGGUGGUCUUUACGCAGGGUGGCUUUCAAAGUAAGUAUCGGAGCCAGCUGGCGAGUUUGCGUUGCUAUGCCGAGAGGCUGGGAUACGGCUUUAACGUAUUUUAUGGCGGGAGCUCUGAUUGAAAUUGACAAAAUUGCUUCAAACGGGAUUUGAUGCGAUGUAGAAAUAAACCAAUGCCCCACACUCCUGGAUCCGUAGUUUGCAAGAGGGUGUGUCAUGACGGAUGUUUCAGACGCGGAAAGCCAAUGAUCUGUCACUUUACUUAUUCAGAGCUGCGGAGCAGAGGGAAAAGAAAAGCGCCGGCUUUUGUCGUGAUAGCUCUUCAUCAUUUUCCACAUCCAUGAGCUCCUUCUUGGGCAGGAGCCUCAGCGUUACAUCAAUCUGCAGUUUGCAUUUUCUGCAUUACUUAAGCUUUGCAAAUUUGCAAGAGCCUCACGCUUUCAUAUGUUCUCAAUGACGGACAAAAAAUCUCUUUCCUGGGUGCGCGACGCGACGGUAGAAACGCAGGAAGGCUGUCUGCGGAAAACGACGGAUGUAUUCUUCCUGCGUCACUGCCUGCUUGCGGCUUAUCUCGAUUCCAAAAAGGACGAGGACGAAGGACCUGGGAAGCCGCCAGCGCUCUAUUUUGCAUUGGAUGCGGAUAUCGCCUCGCGUGGGUUCGAUUUGAGUUUGCGCCCCUGGGCGGAACUCGCCCUCGGCUCCUUUGCGCAAGAACAGGACAGUGCGACCUGGCAGCUUAUGUGGGGUGCUGGCGCGCCACACGUCGCAUCCACUGCAACUACCUCGAAACGCAACAACACAGCUAAGCAGCCACCAGCAGAUGUCAUGUUCUUUGAGCGAAUAUGGGGGCUGGAAAACCACAACGAGCUGAUGGCAGGAGCAUACAUGGUGCAGAACACUGCUCGUGCUCGGCGGUUCUUGCGGCAGUGGGCCUCUUGGGAGGAGCAGCGACCGCCGGGCUACAGCUCCGCCGACAACGGCGCAAUCCAUAUGGCCGUGCCCGAGGCACUGGGAGUUUCGGCGUCGCACUGCGAGAAAAAGUUUGCGGCCUUAACCUCGGACGUCACCGAUCUGAGCCCCUACGCGAAAGUGCUACUGUGUGUACGCCAGCACCUGGGAAUGGGCGCUACGCCGGACGACCCAGACGGCUCAUCGUUCGAACACGCGCAAGGUGGUCUUCUUCUGGAGCAAAUGCGAGCUGCUGAAACCCCGGAGGCAGGUGGAGGUGCCCCAGAAGAUAGCGAUCACGCCACCGCUAUGCAUCCCGAUCGGGUUAUUCCCGGCUUGCGGCUUCGAAUCCUGGGGAAAGAAGCCGCGUGGGCGCCAGACUGGUGGGCUUCGAACGCCAAGAUACACCCGCUUAUGGUAGUGUCAGGUUGGAAACCGGCGAAAUCAUGGAGAUAAUUUGUGCCGCAUUCGAAACUAAAAAUCGACAUUAAUUGUUGAGCCGAUUUUAUUCUCCAAUUACUGUCUAAACGACGCAUUCUCACAUCGGACUAGGAGAUCUACCCGCGUCGAAACGUCCGGGCCACCAACGCGGCGGCCUUCUACUGAUCACAAAAACGAAUAACAAGGAUCAUGAGCAGAUGACGGAAACUCGUACCAUAUAUACAGCGGCGCAGGUCAAGUUUCUCUGUCUCGUUGUUUAGGACAAGGCAGACUUCUUUUGGCGUGCUCGAUUUCCAAACCUGUGCACCCUUACAAUCGACCUCGUCCUCGCUUGCUUUCCUUACAAGACAGGCACUCUCGCUGUGCCUUGCCUUUUAUGCUUCAGCGUCGCAAGUCAUUUUUUAUGUUUCCAUUACAGUAGACAUACAGGUACACAAAGGGUCAGGCUGUGUUAGGUUCCGGUAGAUUUGCCGUGAUCGCAAUUUAUUUUCAUGUUAUCGAUCUCGGUCUCCUCGAGCCUGAAACUUUCAUACCUGUCGGCCACGGGAUAAAAAACAUGAACGAGGGACUUCAAUACCAGAAUGAGAAUUCCCCCCUCCCACUGAAUACCCAUUCGGAGAUUUUUUCCGAAUAGACCUGCUGAGCUUCUUGACGUGCAGGAUAGCAGCGUAGCUGCUGAGAGUAGAGUAUGAAGACAGACGUUUUAUUGGCAGUAGUCUAGUACAAAGCAAGCGAGCAGCCACGGACCACUUCCUGUACACCAGUAAUUUUUAAUAUGCGCAAACGGCUGCAUAGAAGGCGAAGCAUGAUCAGUAAUAUUCGAGUACGAGUGCAUUCUUGCUGCAUGGAAUGUUGGUGCUGCUUGUAGAAGCCCUAAGUAUUUUGCUUUUUGCCUUUGUUUGACAGUAGAAAGAUGGCAACCCGCCGAGAAACUGCAUCAGCUUCAGCGUUUUUAUUGUGCUUUGUAGGGGAGGGGGUUCCUGCUCCUGGCGAUAUUCAACAUCACUGGUUCACACCGGACAUGUUGUCUUGUCUAGACGCGCACGGCAUUGAAACCCGACUGCCCGACCAACGGACGACACCUCUGAACGGAGCUGCUUUCAUUUCAGAAGACAGCAAAGCGCUUCACCGCGCGGUGCCGGAGUCACUUGGAAUUCCUGUCGCGCAAUGUGAAAAAUCGGAGCAGGAGCACCAGCACGCGCCCGCCACCACCGACCGGUCGCCGUACGCCAGCUUCGUGAAUUGCACUAGGGUGCGGUUGAUGCAGAUGGUCGGCGCGGCAUCGGCUCAAGACGCUUCUGUCCCGAACGCAGACCGUGGCAUCUAUUUCUUCCAGGCACGAGGAGAUGAGAGGAAACGAACUGAAGGUCACCGACGGCACGACCACAAGGGCCUGCUGGGUCAUCUCAAUGUGGAUCAGACGAGCACCGCCCAGCUCCUGCAUGAGGAUGAAAGACAACUGCACGACGAAGAACACGCUGGCUCCCUAGUGAUUCCAAACUUGGCCGUUCGGUUGCUCGGGUGGAAGCAGUCCUGGGCCUCCGACAAACUGGAGUCGGGCACUAGCGGAAGUCCGUUCGGUCACCUGAAAAACAUCACGGAAGCCAAAGGGCGCCACUGGUUUGGAGAACCCAUGCUAUCUUGCGUUGAUGAGGUAAAGGUAUCCUUCUAGUCGCAAAAGAUCAAGAACACGAGAAAGAAUGCGAUGUAUCCAUGUACGAUUGUGUUUGUUGUAUGACUAUGACUACGAAGAUUUCGAAGAUGUGACGUUUCAUCAACUUCAACACGACAGCGACACCACGAGUCGUGAUGAAGCUGCACAUUACUACAGAUCGAGCAUGAAUUUCACCUCCACUGAAAGACUGAAAUCAAUGAAAGGACAAUGACAUCAAAUGAAAAGAACUACAAUGUGAGAAGUUUCGACACGAACACGGUCAUCAACACGGGCGGACAGACUCAGACCUUCCUGUAAAAGGAUGACUCAGAUACAUUCCAAGAAUGAUUGUGCGGUCACAUUCCUGCAGCGCUUCCCGAAUAAAGUCCCACCUGGGUGGUGCGUGGCUUCCUCUUCGACGAGUUUAUUAGUUCUUGUGUGGUACUUGCUCUUGCGCUUCCUUGCGCUUGCGGACGAACUUGCAGAACUCGUGCGAAAACAGCAAACUAAAUAAAGCGACAAGGCAGUAGGAGCCAAAAAUCGGAAACUGCACUUCAGCCAAGAACUUGCAAAGCGAGAGACACAAAGAGAAAAGAGCUGCGCUACUACACCAGUCGGCCUUUUUUAAGGGGCGUAUUUUUUUUUUCUGCGUUGAUGCCUAGAAUCAAAUCUACAAAUGAGUUUUGCAUUUGCUCAUUCUUUAAAUUACGAGGACUCGUUCCUCGAAUAGUCCGC